AUGCGCCCCCAUAAACACUGCUCCGGCCGGAUCCCGGGCCUGGAGUCUGCCGGUGAGGCCGGCCUCGACCGUGUCCGCGACUUCUUUCAGCAACCGGUCGUCGCUUCCUUCAUUGCCGGCGGCAUAGCUGGCGCCGUGUCGCGUACCGUCGUAUCGCCGCUCGAACGUCUCAAAAUCCUCUUCCAGGUCCAGAGUGUUGGUCGCAAUGAGUACAAGAUGUCCGUGCCGAAGGCGCUCGCGAAGAUGUGGAGGGAUGAAGGAUGGAGGGGCUUCAUGGCUGGGAACGGCACGAACUGCAUAAGAAUUGUGCCUUACUCGGCCGUGCAGUUCGGAGCAUACAACAUGUACAAGAGGUUCUUUGAGAGCGAGCCCGGCGGCCAGUUGGGGCCCUACCAGCGUCUCUUCUGCGGUGGGCUCGCCGGCAUCACCUCCGUUACUACCACGUACCCGCUUGAUAUCGUCCGAACCCGCUUGUCGAUACAAUCCGCAUCGUUCGAAUCGCUGAAGAGGGAAGCUGGUCAGAAGCUUCCGGGAAUGUGGGGCAUCCUGGUCGCUAUGUACAAGAACGAGGGAGGAUUCCUUGCGCUCUAUCGUGGCAUUCUCCCAACUGUCGCCGGAGUAGCCCCAUACGUCGGUCUCAACUUCAUGGUCUACGAGAUGGCCCGCACGAAAUUCACUCCCGAAGGCCAAAAAGAUCCCACUGCGAUCGGCAAGCUAGGAGCGGGCGCGGUGUCUGGAGCCAUCGCGCAGACUUGCACAUACCCAUUCGAUGUUCUUCGACGCAGAUUCCAGGUCAAUACCAUGACCGGCAUGGGCUAUCAGUACAACGGCAUCAGCGACGCUAUCCGCAUGAUUAUUAAGACGGAGGGAAUCAGGGGCAUGUACAAAGGGAUCGUUCCGAAUCUUCUGAAAGUGGCGCCUAGCAUGGCCAGCAGCUGGCUCAGCUUCGAGCUCACUCGAGACUUCGUCAUGGGCAAGCGGAGGACGCAAUUCCUAUAG